ACUUCUUGCUCUACACAAAAAGAGAUACAUACUCUGUUUAAGUAAAGUGAUGGACGUCAUAUACAGUUCUUACAGGAAUUCGUCUAGUUACCAAGUCCGUUUGAUACAUGACUUGGGAGAAUACGGCACAAAAACAUGUUACCAGUCUGACUGCAAUGUUCUACGGAAAAGAUUCCUGUUUACAGUUUGUCAGCUAGGCUUUCCUUGCGUGCAUUUUUAUCCGAGUCAGUAUCCCAGUGUCGCUCCAAGUCCUGCAUUUGUAGCAGCUGUGGAACAAGAGUAUCUCUCGCGGAUGGACGUACUGGUGACCGUUGGUUCAGGUGGGUUUCAGACCAGCACCAUUGCAAAAUUCAUGCAGCAUGUAGACAGGAACAGAAACCACCUCUACAAGAUAUGCAGCAACAAGUCUGAUGACUCUAAGAACUCGAAAAAAGUUUUUUAAUGUCCAUCAUCAUGGUUAUAUAAUAGUCCGUUUUCAUAUUAUUGU